AUGGUAACAACGAUAAAAACUGCUGGUCCACGACCCCAAGUCUCCAAUCUCCCAAGCCUCCAACCCUCCAAUCUCCCAAGCCUCCAAUCCAUCAAGCCUCUAACCCUCCAAUCUCCCAAGCCUCCAAUCUCCCAAGCCUUCAAUCCAUCAAGCCUCCAACCCUCCAAUCCCCCAAACCCCCAGCCCUCCAAUCCCUCAAGCCUCCAAUCCAUCAAGCCUCCAGCCCUCCAAUCCCUCAAGCAUCCAAUCCUCCAAGUCUCCAAUCUCCCAAGCCUCCAGCCCUCCAAUCCCCCAAUGCUCCAAUCCCCCAAGCCUCCAAUCCAUCAAGCCUCCAACCCUCCAAGCCCCCAGCCCUCCAAUCCCUCAAUCCUCCAAUCUUCCCAAGCUUCCAAUCUCCCAAGCCCCCAGCCCUCCAAUCGCUCAAGCCUCCAAUCCUCCAAGCCUCCAAUCUCCCAAGCCUCCAGCCCUCCAAUCCCUCAAGCCUCCAACCCUCCAUUCUCCCAAGCCUCCAACCCUCCAAUCCCCCAAGCUUCCAACCCUCCAAUCUUCCAAGCCUCCAAUCCAUCAAGCCUCCAACCCUCCAAUCCCCCAAGCCUCCAGCCCUCCAAUCCCUCAAGCCUCGAAUCCCCCAAGCAUCCAAUCUCCCAAGCCUCCAGCCCUCCAAUCCCCCAUCCUCCAAUCUCCCAAGCCUCCAGCCCUCCAAUCCCCCAUCCUCCAAUCCCACAAGCCUCCAAUCUUCCAAGCCUCCAAGCCCUCCAAUCCCUCAAGCCUCCAAUCUCCCAAUCCUCAAAUCCCCCAAACCUCCAAACCUCUAAUCCCUCAAGCCUCCAAUCUCCCAAACCUCCAAUAUCCCAAGCCUCCAACCCUCCAAUCUCCCAAGCCUCCAAUCCCUCAAGCAUCCAGCCCUCCAAUCCCUCAAGCAUCCAGCCCUCCAAUCCCAUGUCAUGGCAGACAUUUAAAUUCAUGGAUACAUAUUUAUGUUAA